UCCUUACUAAAAGGGUUUUUAAAGAGGCCUCCUAAACCCUCUUCUUCUUCUCUUCCAAGCAGGUCCAUCUCCUUCUUUCUCUGCAGUCCGGCGCGACCCCUCGGCAGCUGUAGGUGAAACAUCUCGGUUUUUUCCCAACUGGGUAGCUCGGAUUUUUAUUCUUAUUUAUUUUUACUCUGUUUUGGGAAUGUUAUUUUCUUGGAGGUUUCAAUCACAAUACCAAAAGCUUCUUCGACUCCUCAUAGCUCUGCCUAUUUGAGCUCUGCCCUUCUUUCACUCAAGAAAUCCACAAUUUUUUUUUUCUUUUUUUGAAAUGAUUUUGGUUAUGUGAGCAGGCAAUUGCAACGGGGGUGUUAUCGGCGUUCAGUAAUUCUCAGAAGCUCAACUGGCAUACAGAAACUUCAAGUCAGACGGCAUUCUUCUGAAAGUGGGUUUUUGAGAAAAAGUUUGAAUUGUGAAAACGACAAAUCCUCAAGAGGUAUUGCUGCAAAAAACCCCAAAAUAGAAAGUAGGCGUCUUUGUUCAUCCCCUUCCCUUGGGUCAUGAGUCCAGUUCCACUACAGUAGCAACCAAACAGGGUUCUUCUUGUUAUGUCCUGUUCAUGCACCUCAUGCCUCAGCUGAUGGAUUUUCCAAUCUUCAGGCCGUGGAUAGUGAGAGAAAAAAGGAAACCCUGGAAAUUGUGAGCUGAGAACUCGGUGAGGGCUUUUUGGAUUCAAUGGCUCUAUGGAGAGCAGGCGCUGCUUCGACAACCCUCUUCAACACCUUCGUCCGUCCAUCUUACCUCUUCACCGCCUCUCGCCAUCUUUCUACCGAUGUAGCUGAUGGUUCACUGCGUAAUAGCAUGAAGAACCAGUUGCUUCAUGUGGAUAUCAAUUCUCUAAUAGGCAGUUGCAUGCCUCUAUCUUCUAUGCGAAUUGGAACCAUCAUCCACAACAUUGAGGUGAACCCGGGUCAAGGUGCCAAGCUAGUUCGAGCGGCAGGAACUUGUGCAAAGAUUCUGAAAGAGCCCUCCUCAACAAAGUGUCUUGUGAUGCUGCCUUCUGGUGCUGAAAAGUGGAUUGAUUCUCAGUGCCGUGCCACAAUUGGUACGGUGUCUAAUGCAAGCCAUGGAACGAAGAAGCUCAGGAAGGCUGGACAAAGCAGGUGGCUGGGACGAAGACCGGUGGUUCGUGGUGUGGCAAUGAAUCCAGUGGAUCAUCCCCACGGUGGAGGUGAGGGACGGAGCAAGAGUAGUGGGGCAUGGGGGAAAGGUUCUCGAACACCUUGGGGCAAGCCAACCAAGUCUGGAUUCAAGACUGGACCCCUGAAGCGCAGAAAGUAAUGUCUGAGCCUUUUCUUUUUCAAUGCUAUUUUUGGAACUUACAAUUUUUUUUUUUUUUAAUGAACUAGAUGACCUAAUAAUAUGUGCACUUGAAAUGUUGACCUUUUCAAAGAAAUUUCUGAAGUUUGUAUU